UAGUCAACCCAGACUCAUGAAUAACUAAAACCCAGGGUGGUUUCUAGUUUCAACGUGUUUUGUAACUUUCUUAGAAACAUAGUCAACACUCAACACUCAACUUUCUUGGAUCUGAAAACUGUUACUGCGUGCAACUGAGAACUAUGAGUUCUGGUGGUGGUUACGCUGUUGAAGUUACCGGUCUCUCAUCUAAAGCCACCGAUAAAGAUGUGUAUGAUUUUUUCGCUUUCUCUGGUGCCAUUCAGCAUGUUGAAAUUAUCAGGUCUGGUGAUUAUGCUUGUACUGCCUAUGUGACCUUCCAAGAUGCAUAUUCUCAAGAAACUGCAUGUUUACUCAGUGGAGCGACUAUUUUAGAUCAGCGUGUAUGCAUAACACGCUGGGGGCAAUAUGAAGAUGAAUUUGAUUUUUGGAACAGGCCCAACUAUAGUCACGAGCAGGAGGGAGCUUCAACUACACAACAUAGCAGUCAAUUUGUUUCCUCUGCAGGAGAAGCAGUUGCUAUGACUCAAGAAGUCGUCAAGACCAUGCUGGCAAAGGGAUACGUUCUUAGUAAAGAUGCAUUAGCUAAGGCUAAAGACUUCGAUGAGUCGCAUCGGGUUUCGGCCACUGCAACAGCCAAGGUUUCAGAAUUGAGCCAGAGAAUCGGCCUCACCAAUAAGAUCUCUGCCGGUUUUGAAGCUGUUAAAUCGGUCGAUCAGAAGUAUAAUGUGACGGAAACAACCAUUGCAGCUGCAUCUGCAACUGGAAGAUCAGUAGCAGCAGCCGCAAACUCUGUGGUGAAUAGUAGCUAUUUUUCGAAGGGAGCCUUGUGGAUGUCGGGCGCCCUAACCCGAGCAGCUCAAGUUGCAUCUGAUUUGGGUACCCGCCAUACCAAUCAGUAAGGCAUUGAAAUUGUUCUACUCUUAUAUUUCUUGUAUAUAUUUCUGCCUCUGUUAUAUAACUUCUUUAACUUUUACAGUACCUAGUACAUAAUACAGGCUUGAAUAAAUUUUUAGUUUCUACCUUAUA